AUGUCUAAUAUUGUUGCUGAUCAGGAAAUGGGGAAACCGCCCAAAACUUUCAAAAACUACUGGCUUUUUAUUAUUUUACGAGUUGUUCAAACUUGUUCUGCUGCGGCAAUCUUAGGUCUCCUGGGCUAUUCGCAGGAAAAGGAUUUUGAUACUUUUGUUUUUGAGCUCACAGUAGCUACAGUCUCGGUUUUGUAUUCGGUCAUAGUCGCCUGUUUCCGUGUGCCAGUGGAUCUUAGAGCCACGAUCUUAUGCAUUUUCGAAAUUAUUAUGACGGGUUUAUGGCUGGCUGUCGCCAUAGUGUUGGGUACGAAGUCCGGCACAUACAAUUGCAAAUGGCAAAAAGACAGUUUCACCUCUGAUUACAGCGGCUACUACUAUAGCUAUUCUUACAAUGCUGUUAAGCCAUGUCGAACCGCCCAGGCCGGCAUCGGUCUAGCUGCAUUCAACACAGUGCUGUUUGCAAUCUCAUUGCUAUUAAUUGGGAAGAAAGCCUUCUCUGAGCUGAAGAGAGUUUCGGUGACAGCUCAAAUCGUUGAAACGAGAACCCAAGUGCCAGAAAAUGUCGCAGGCGUCAGUGAGGGUGCGGCUGGCCAAACUGACGUUGCUGAUCCCUCUUCGGGAUCAGUACAACAACCCGUUGUAGUGGCUUAA